UGUCGGGCUUUGGGCACGGCUUCUGCACGGGCUAUGGGCUCAAAGGCCAAAGCAGGUGGGAAGGGACGGCUGGAGGGCUCGGGGCAGGACCAACCUCAUGGCCGGAGCAGGUUGCUCUGCUUGUGCUUGUCCAGCGGAGAUCAGAGAAGUACGGUGCUUAGAAACUGCUGCAGAUCCUGGACGGCUGUUUGCUUCCAGCCCACUUCACCCCGACGCACUGAAACCUUAACCCAUGAGUCAGAUGGUUUGUCAAACGUUUGAGCAACCUUAUCUCAGAUGUCCCCGCUGACGCGGGGCUUGGUCUGGGACUCUUUGUACCAGCAAACAAGCUUCUGCCAACGAGGAAAGCGCAAGGCGCUCGGAGCGGCUGGAGCCUCCCCGGCACCGCGAAGCCGACGCUGGGACGCGGCACGCUGCGCCAGCACGUUUCCCAUCUCUCCCUGUCCCUGAGGGGUGUGGGGGUGCCCCGUAAGCUCCAUCUGUCCUGACCUGCUGCAAGACACGUCCCUGUGGAUCCCCACCAUCCACCCAUGCGGCGCUUCCUCUGGGACAGCAUCUCCAUCCAGAUGCUUCUUGUCUUCCUCGUUGUUUUCCUGCUCGUCGCUCACUACAUGAAGCACAGAAAGCCUAAAAACUUCCCUCCCAGCCCCUUCGCCAUCCCCUUCGUGGGGCACAUCCACCUGAUGAACUUCAGCAAUCCCUAUAUCCUAGUGGAUAAGCUUAUUCAAAAAUAUGGGGAAGUCUUCAGCGUACAGAUGGGCGGCACAUGGUUUGUGUUCGUAAAUGGGCUGCGGAUGGUUAAGGAAGUUCUUGUAAACCAAGGGGAAAACUUCCUGGAUCGCCCUGACAUCCCUAUCGACAGCGAGGUCUUCAGCAGCAUAGGCCUGGUAUCCUCCAACGGGCACUUGUGGAAGCAGCAGAGGAGGUUCACCUUGUCCACCCUUCGAAACUUCGGCUUGGGGAAGAGGGGCCUGGAGGAGCGCAUCCAGGAGGAGUGCCAGUGCCUCGUGGAUGUGUUGGAGGACGAGCAGGGAAAUCCUUUCAACCCUCAGCUCAAAAUCAGUAACGCCGUUUCAAACAUCAUCUGCUCUGUCAUCUUCGGCAAUCGGUUUGACUACCAUGAUAAAGACUUCCAGAAAAUGCUGCAGCUGUUGAAUGAGACAGUUGGCCUCCACGGGACCAUCAUGGCCCAGCUCUACAACUCUUUCCCAUCUAUAAUGAAGUUCCUCCCUGGAUCCCAUCAAACCAUUUUUAAAAACUGGAAGUUGUUGAAAAGUUUCGUAAGAGAGAAGAUUGAGAAACACAAGGAAGACUGGAAGCCCACAGAGAGCCGGGACUUCAUCGACAGCUACCUGCAGGAGAUAGCCAAGGACAACGGUGGUGGCAGCUUCCAGGAGGAAAACCUUGUGGCGUGCAUGCUCGACCUGCUCUUUGCUGGGACCGAGACCUCUUCCACAACCAUCCGCUGGGGUCUGCUGUAUAUGGCCAUAUAUCCGGAAAUUCAAGCCCGUGUGCAAGCCGAGAUCGAUGCGGUCAUCGGGCAGGCGCGGCAGCCAGCCCUGGAGGACAGGAACAACAUGCCCUACACCAACGCCGUCAUCCACGAAGUGCAGAGGAAAGGCAACAUCAUCCCCUUCAAUGUGCCAAGACAGACGGUGAAGGACACGGUCUUGGACGGCUUCCACAUACCAAAGGGCACAGUUAUGAUCACAAAUUUAACCUCUGUGAUGUUUGACAAGAAUGAGUGGGAAACCCCUGACGCUUUUAACCCUGAGCAUUUCCUGAAGGACGGUCAGUUCCGGAAAAGGGAGUCGUUUAUGCCAUUUUCUGUAGGGAAGCGUGCCUGUCUGGGAGAGGCGCUGGCCCGCUCCGAGCUCUUCCUCUUCUUCACGGCUCUGCUCCAGAAAUUCACCUUCCAGGCGCCCCCGGACACCACGCUCAGCCUCCAGUUCAAGCUGGGCAUGACCAUGGCCCCGCAGCCCUACAAGAUCUGCGCCGUGCGUCGGUAGGGAAGCCUUGGCCACCGGCCUUGCUGGGAAAAGCCUUUGGCAGUGAUGAUGAAAACGAGCCCUCGGCGGCUCCCCGGGGCCGUGGUACUGACCACCUGGCUCCAGGGAGAGGCUGGGCAGUUUGUUUGUUUCUUCUAAAGCAAUUGCAAAAUCAUUUAUUUUACAAGUUGUUGCAUUUAAGGUGCCGAAUUAUUUUGGUAAGAGAUUGCGUUCUAGCCAGUCCUCAGAUAUUGGAGAGGCUAGGGGCAGCUGGAUUUAUUUCUUAAUAGAUAUUCCAAUUAGUGCCGUGAUUAUAAUCCUGACACCAGAUGCAGGAACAGCUCCUACGCUGUAGAUCCGGUUGCAUUCAAAACAAGCAGUCAGCUUCACCAACAGUACAGUUUAUUCUUAUGCAACAUCUACAGAUUCUUUGAGAUUGCCUACAAUAAAUGCACAAACUGCAGGUGGCUAUAUAGCACUACACUCAGAAAUGACUGCAAUCACACACUUAAUUGCCAGGUAAUUAGUUAGCAUAGCUGAGGGCAUAAAUCUUACCAAAAGCGUCGAUUCUG